AAGCUUGCUUUGCCUAUUUUGAGGAAGUCCGAGUGUAAUCCCCUUUUUCCAAUCCUACAGGUGAUUUCCCUGGACCUUCGCUCAAACCUUUCAGAGGGAAAGAAAGUGAAUGGUCAUGAGGGUGGCUUGGAAGACCAAACCAGUAGUCCUGCCAACGAAAUCCGCUACACCCAUAUCCUAAAUCGGGUGCUCCCUCCUGACAUACGCGUGUUGGCCUGGGCCCCUGUAGAGCCCAGCUUCAGUGCUAGAUUCAGCUGCCUCAAGAGGACCUAUCGCUAUUUUUUCCCUCGUGCAGAUUUAGAUGUGGCCCUCAUGAAUGCUGCAGCCCAAAAAUAUGUGGGGACCCAUGACUUCCGGAACUUGUGCAAGAUGGAUGUAGCCAAUGGCGUGACAAACUUCCAAAGGACUAUUCUCACAGCACAGGUGCAGCUGGUGGAUAGAAGAGGGGAAACUGGGCUACAGGACCCUUUCCAACUGUACCAGUUUGAAGUCACAGGCCAGGCAUUCCUCUAUCAUCAAGUCCGUUGCAUGAUGGCAAUCCUCUUGCUAAUUGGACAGAGUAUGGAGAAUCCAGAGAUUAUUGAUGAGCUAUUGGAUGUCGAGAAGAACCCUCGAAAACCACAGUACAGCAUGGCAGUGGAAUUUCCUCUGGUUCUGUAUGACUGCGAGUUUGAAAACAUCCAGUGGAUCUACGACCAAGAAGUUCAGGAGUUUAAUGUUACUCAUCUACAGCAACUCUGGGCCAAUCAUGCAGUCAAAACUCACAUGUUAUAUAACAUGUUACAGGGGCUAGACUCUGCUGUCAUACCCACAGGGACAGGCCCAGAGAAGGACAGAAUGGUCCUCUGGAGAGAGGUGAAGCCCCCAGUCCACAACCAGGUCAGCAGUUUCAUCGAGGGGGUGAAGGCCCGCACUUACAAACCUUUGCUGGCUCGUCCCAAGUGCGAAGGUUUGGAGUCCCGGAUCAAUCACUUUGUGCGCAGGGGACGUAUUGAGCUGCCACACUGCAGGGAGAAAGAGACUGGAGCAGACAAAGAGGAGCACCUAGAAACAAAGAGAGGCCACAGUGACAGUGCAGAAAAAGAUAGUGAGGUUCCAGGACAAGCUGCCAAGCGGGUCUGUGUGGACACAGAGUCCAAGAGCUCUAAACGAGACCUUGCCACCUGAUCACAGAAGCAGGACCAUCUUUCAGUGAUGGGGCGGAAGUGGUCCCCUAGGAUUUUAGGAAAGGAAGCAUUUGGGGGUGGGAGGAAGGGCACAGAGGAGAGGAAUCCUUUUAAAGGUGCAAUUCUGCACCUACUUUUUUUAAAAUAUUAAUUUACAGGGCACUGUCCAAAGAACUAGUGUAUGAUAAUAUAGUGCAGAGGUUCUCAAACAGGUCCAUGAAACAUGCUGGGCAUAUAGUACUUGUUUUGCCUCCUUUUUACCAGCUGCUAAAAUGCAUUAAAAGUAGCUAAUAUUA